UUAUGGUUUGUUCGAGGGGCAACCGAGUAAAUCCGUUAUUACGCUUUAGGCCUAACUUUACUGAUUGCCUGUAGUCAUCUUUUUAGGUGUAACUUUUGUAACUGUAUUGUGGCGGAUAUAAACAAAUGUUGACUUCUGAUUGAAAACAAACAGCUUGGCAACCAUUUGACAACUAAGACAUCACAAGUCAACAAACCUCAACAGGAUCAGGGAACUGAAAAACUUCCAGGGAACUGAAAAAUUUUCAGAGAACUUGAAAACAUAUUUCGUUUGAUCAAGUUUAAUUCAAAGAAUAAUUAUACUUUGCAAACUGAAGAAUUGUUGACAUAACUGGUUGGUAAAAGUCGAUUGAAGUUGUUGCUGGAAAUUGGACUCCCGAAGGGCUUAGUUUAUAUGUGAUGUUUAUUAUGGUUAUUGAGUAAUGUCUAAAGAAUAUUUGGGCUCUCAAUUCAAAUAUUAUUGGCUUGGUGUAUGUGUCUUCAUUGCUUUUGUCGCAUGUUUCAAAUGCCGUUGUAAGUCUAAAAAUCGAUUCACUAAUGACGAAUUUUCACCUCAACGCCUAAUGUCACUUCAACGAUUACAUGGGAGGCUAGACGUUUUUAACCUCCGUGGAGCUUUUGUUACUAAUCAAUCUGGUGCCCCUCCCGCCUACGAAGUUGUUAUCAACAGGCCAGAAGAUUAUCCAGUUUAUCAAUCUCCAGUGACUAAUGGCUCUGCGAAUGGUGAAAAUGGAAGCACUGUAGAGAACUUACCCACCUACGAAGAUGUAGUCCAAAUUUCUCAGAAUGACGUUAGUAAUACACGAGUGAGUCACAACCAAAAGGGAUAGGUAUGGGUACCGUGGAUCUCAUUUGCAAUAAAGUUUAUUAAUUAGACAAACAAGCAAACUGCAAAAAUUUUUAACUUUCAUGAAACGGACGGGAAAUUUGCAUAAAUGUCUUAUAACAUCUUAUAUUGUUAAUAAACACAAUGUUUCCAAUGAGGAAAAUCGUGAUUGUAGAGAUUUUUCGAAAUGACUCGAAAAGCAUUUAAUACUAAAGCUCGUAAUUUUACUUGUCAUUACUAAAUUAACUGGCAUCUAGUUCAAGUUAAAUUAUGAUUAAAUUAAAGUGCUUUACUGAGUUAAGACAA